GAAGCGGAAGUUGCUAAGAGGUGGGGGAGUUGUGGGGCAAGUGUUGGGUUGUUUUCGGGCUUCUUGGGUUUAAGCGCGGUUGGGUAUCCUCGCCAGUUCUUCUCACCCGCCUCAAACCGGUUCCCGGCCCGCAAGCCUCGCCCGAGGGGUGUGGUACUCGGGGCUCCGACUCCUUCCCCGGGGUCCGUGUGACCCGCUGGUUGCCGCAGUCCCCUGCCCCUUCCCUGGAGUGAGGCCCCGUCCGGCUUCCCGGAGUCCCCCGCAGAGCCCCGCCAUGGGUAACACGAGCAGCGAGCGGGCUGCGCUGGAGCGGCAGGGCGGCCAUAAGACGCCGCGAAGGGACAGCUCGGGGAGCGCCAAGGACGGGGACAGGCCCAAGAUCCUGAUGGACAGUCCCGAGGACGCCGACCUCUUCCACUCCGAGGAAAUCAAGGCUCCAGAGAAGGAGGAAUUCCUGGCUUGGCAGCAUGAUCUGGAAGUGAAUGAUAAAGCCCCCGCCCAGGCUCGGCCAACAGUAUUUCGAUGGACGGGGGGCGGAAAGGAAGUUUACUUAUCUGGGUCCUUCAACAACUGGAGUAAACUUCCCCUCACAAGAAGCCACAAUAACUUUGUAGCCAUCCUGGACCUGCCUGAAGGAGAGCAUCAGUACAAGUUCUUUGUGGAUGGGCAGUGGACGCAUGACCCUUCCGAGCCAAUAGUAACCAGCCAGCUUGGCACAGUUAACAACAUCAUUCAAGUGAAGAAAACUGACUUUGAAGUAUUUGAUGCUUUAAUGGUGGAUUCCCAAAAGUGCUCCGAUGUGUCUGAGCUGUCCAGCUCCCCACCGGGACCCUACCAUCAGGAGCCCUAUGUCUCAAAACCAGAAGAACGGUUUAAAGCCCCACCCAUUCUCCCUCCACAUCUGCUCCAGGUCAUCCUGAACAAGGACACGGGGAUUUCUUGUGAUCCAGCUUUGCUCCCUGAGCCCAACCACGUCAUGUUGAACCACCUUUACGCGCUCUCUAUCAAGGAUGGAGUGAUGGUGCUCAGCGCGACCCACCGAUACAAGAAAAAGUAUGUCACCACCUUGUUAUACAAGCCCAUAUGAAGAGCUGGGAGCCAGCGGUGGGCCCCAGGGAACAGUGUGCACCCCCAGGCUCCACGCGUGCAUGCUUUCCACUAGAGGGAAUGGACUGUAAAUUUUUCAUUUCACACUCUAUAAGACAUUUCAUACCCGCCAUAGUCCUGCUUGAAGGUUUGUUCCAGGCGUGGCAGCUCCCGAAGCGCCUCCUGUCUGUAACAGUCCUCUGGGCACCCAGUGGCUUUGAGUCUCAAGGCUCACUAGAGCUGAGAACAGAGUGAGGGGACACAGGUCUGUGGCCCCCAUACCACGGUGCAUGAGGACAGGUGCAAUUCUUAACAGACAUCUUUUGAGCUGGUCGUGGAGAUGCUUCUUAAGCCAAAAAUGAACCCUAGCCACUUUGCUGGUAAAAUCCGGGAAGCAGGGAUGGAGGCCACACAGAAUGUCUGAUCAUAUGUGUGUCUGAGGCCACCCACUUGUCCCUGUUGAGGCCUGACUGUGGAGCUAACAGCAAGUACCGGUCCUCUUGAAAUCAAAGCAAUAAGAUGGUCUCCUGUUUUCUGCUCCAGGGAGGUAUAAUUUCUAUAGAAAUUAGAACCUGUCUGAUUUCCAGAUGAAAUUUACAAUUGUUUCUUGCUUCUGUGCACUGAGUACUUUUGUUUUAAACCAGAGGUGGCUGACUCUCUGGUCUUAGGGCAAUUUUAAAAUCACCCUAACUAGAAUAUAGAUCAUGUGAACUGUAUUCAGCAAUAAUCUGUUUUUAGAACAGACUCUGAAAACCGCUGCCGGAUUUCUCCAUGAGGCCAGAUGAUCCUGAGGACUGACCACUGUUAGCUGGAGCGUUGUCCAGCUUCUUAUUCUAAUCGCAGUGAGGUGACAGUGUUUCCACGAUCACUUCAGAGAAGCGCCCUACCCUAGCCUGUGCCGUCUUGCUCAGGGCCUCCGUCUGCACUUAGCAGUGAAGGCGGUAGAGUUGCUCUUGCUUAUUCUGGAAGGAACUUAGAACUUGACAGCAGCCUUCUAAAUUUGUGUCAGGAAGACAUUCUUUGGACCAAAGCAAACCUCUUUACACCCGUCGUGGUUUCCGGGGAGAUGCUGCAGACGUGCCCAUUAGCACAAGUUCCUGUCCCCGAGUCAGCAGAAGCUAUUGUUACACCCUGUGUUCCUGCUGGGAGAUGGAGGAACGAGCUCCCUGGUUUCCAGUAUUUAUUUGGUAAACCUGAGUCUGAGAUACCCUUUUUUCGUUACUGUCUUCCAAACACUGAAUUAUUGUCACCUUGACGUACAGGUUUUAAUAAAGCUUUGUAAAGAUAA